AUGUCUGCCAAUAGUGCCAAUAGUGUCGAUCCUUCAGUGGCUAAAACCAAACUACAAGGACUUGAAUUGGCGGAACACCACUUUGGUCCCUUACUUCGCCCAACUCACGCCACACAGAGCGCGUGGACCAAUUAUUCCAUCAAUCGCCUCCAAACCAAUCAAAAGUACCGCAACAUUGUAUCGGUAUCGCGCAAGGGCUCUGAGGGUGGCUCUGAGGAAAACUCUAUGGAGGUUGAGGAUGGCUCAGAGGAAGAUUCAGGGGAGGAUGACGAUGAGUACGACGAGUACUCCGAUGAAGCUUGGCUUCUCGACAGCGUCAAGGCUUAUGUAUCCCAGAUUGAGAAGGAAAUGAACUUUGAGAACGGCAUCCUCCAGAAAUGCAUCACCAUCUUAUGGAAUGAAACAGUACUUGACGACGAGGACCCACGCUCCACUGAUCAUAUAGUCAGGAUCUACUCACCCACUGCGCCAGUGUACAUUGACGUCCAUUUUCAAUACUACUGCCGCUCGCGUUGGUCAGAGGUCGAAUGGUUCUACUCUAUUGGGUACAAGAUCCAACGUCGCCCUUCUGCGACGGCAGGCAAUGCACUUGCCAUCAAGAAUGAGCUUAAGAUGAGCUCUCCUCCGGAUGUGCACACGCGCAAUGGGUGGCAAACCUUGUGCUGGGGUUACUAUGAUGACUCUGAUGGAAACUAUGGCAAAAAUUGGCGUCGCAUCGAAUGUGGACAAGUGGAGUUACACGAGGAAGGAGCUGUGGACGUUCACGAGGUGUUAUUCGGAGAAUUGGAGAAACCUGCUGAAAGCGACUCAGAGGCUACACUCGCAUAUCAUCGAUCACUCAUAAGGGGCAUACGGAUGCUUCUCGCUGCUGUCGGUAUUUCAUAUCAGGUUGCGUGUACUGAUGAUGAAAGGGACAAGGGGCCGCAUGACUUGAUGCUUGAGGGGCUGGGCGACAAAUGGGUCGGGCGGGGGAUACGGAACGCAUGUGGCCUUCGACUCGCCAGAGAUGCAGAAGACGAGCAGAAAGGUGCCCAGGGACGACAGGAAGAGUUAAAGGGUUACGAUGAGGACGAUGAUGAUGAUGAUGACGAAGGGGAUUACGGUGAUGAUUACGGCUUCUGA